AUGCUUGCUGGGUCCAUUGCUACAACGAGGAGGGGGAUAUCAACUUCUCGUGCUUUCUCUCAGAGAUUAAAGCAAACAGAAAAUGAAAUUGUUCAAAUGUUUCGGUUGCCUAAUCCCCAUGAAGGAAACCACCAUAAUGUUCCCUUGAAAGGAGGAUAUGUGUCGAGGAAGGAACCUUUUUCUCGGACAUUGGAUGAAAGGUUUAUUAGGAUUUUGAAAAUAUUUAAAUGGGGACCUGAUGCAGAAAAGGCCUUGGAAGUGCUGAAACUGAAGGUCGAUGCUCGCUUGGUUCGCGAGAUUCUAAAGGUGGAUGUAGAGGUCAGUGUUAAGAUUCAGUUUUUUAAGUGGGCUGGGAAGAGGAGGAGUUUUGAACAUGAUUCAACCACUUACAUGGCGUUGAUUCGCUGCUUGGAUGAACAUAGGAUGUUUGGUGAAGUGUGGAAGAUAAUACAAGACAUGGUUAAGGGUUCAUGUGCAAUGGGUCCUGCUGAAUUGUCUGAAAUUGUGAAGAUCCUGGGCAGGGUCAAGAUGGUUAACAGGGCGUUAUCUGUCUUUUACCAGGUUAAGGGUCGCAAGUGCAAACCAACAGCGAGCACUUACAACUCUGUCAUCUUGAUGCUGAUGCAAGAGGGGCAUCAUGAAAAGGUCCAUGAGUUAUAUAAUGAAAUGUGUAGGGAAGGCCAUUGUUUUCCUGACACUGUUACAUAUAGUGCACUUAUAUCAGCAUUUGCUAAACUAAAUCGUGAUGAUUCUGCCAUUAGAUUAUUUGAUGAGAUGAAGGAAAAUGGAUUGCAGCCCACUGCGAAAAUUUAUACAACCUUAAUGGGAAUAUAUUUUAAGUUGGGUAGGGUUGAAGAAGCUUCGGGCCUAGUCAAGGAGAUGAGAAUGCGGCGGUGCCUCCCAACUGUCUUUACUUACACAGAAUUGAUCAGGGGGCUAGGGAAGUCUGGGAGGGUUGAAGAAGCAUAUAUGACUUACAAGAAUAUGCUGAAAGAUGGUUGUAAACCUGAUGUCGUUCUGAUGAAUAAUAUUAUUAAUAUUUUGGGAAGAUCAGAUCGCUUGAGGGAUGCUAUUAAGCUUUUUGAUGAAAUGAAAUUGCUGAAUUGUGCUCCUAAUGUUGUGACGUAUAAUACCAUCAUUAAAUCUUUAUUCGAGGCCAAAGCGGCACCGUCUGAAGCUUCUUCAUGGUUUGAGAGGAUGAAGAAAGAUGGAAUAGUCCCCAGCUCAUUUACUUAUUCAAUUCUCAUCGAUGGUUUCUGCAAAACAAAUCGAGUUGAGAAGGCUUUGUUGCUUCUUGAGGAGAUGGAUGAAAAAGGCUUUCCUCCUUGCCCUGCUGCCUACUGCAGCCUGAUCAAUACCCUCGGAGUAGCGAAGCGCUAUGAUGUUGCAAAUGAGCUAUUCCAGGAAUUGAAGGAGAACUGUGGAUGUUCAAGUGCUCGUGUUUAUGCUGUAAUGAUUAAGCAUUUUGGAAAAUGUGGGAGACUCAAUGAAGCUAUCAAUCUUUUUAAUGAGAUGAAAAAACUUGGAUGCACCCCUGAUGUUUAUGCUUAUAAUGCUCUCAUGACUGGAAUGGUAAGGGCUGAUAGGGUGGAUGAAGCAUUCUCAUUGUUUAGAACUAUGGAAGAAAAUGGUUGCACCCCAGAUAUAAAUUCUCAUAAUAUUAUCCUGAAUGGCUUAGCUAGGACAGGUGGUCCAAAGCGUGCUUUGGAAAUGUUUACAAAAAUGAAAAUCUCAACUAUUAAACCAGAUGCGGUUUCUUACAACACCAUUCUUGGUUGUCUUAGCAGAGCAGGUCUGUUUGAAGAGGCUGCAAAACUUAUGCAAGAAAUGAGUUCAAAAGGAUUUCAGUAUGAUCUCAUCACCUACUCUUCAAUACUUGAGGCAGUCGGUAAGGUUGAUGAUUGUAAAGUGGUGGAGUCAUGA